AUGCUGACGAAGUUCUACCAGCAUAUCCUUGCCUUGGUGUUUGCCAUCAAUGAGAUCAAUGAAGAUCCUCAUAUUCUACCCAAUGUCACCCUUGGGUCCCGCAUCUAUGAUAGCUACUAUGACAUGAGGAUGACCUAUCGUACCACCUUGGAUCUGCUCUUCAAAUCACAGAGAUUUGUCCCCAACUACAAAUGUGACACCCAGGAGAAGCUCAUAGCUGUCAUUGGGGGACUUGGCUCUGAGACUUCCUACCACAUGGCAGACAUCUUAAGUCUUUACAAGUUUCCACAGCUCACCUAUGGGUCAUUUGCCCUUGAGGAUAUGGAUGCAAGAAAGUUUCCUUCCUUUUACCGCAUGGUUCCAAAUGAAAACCAGCAGUAUAUGGGGGUUGUCCAGUUGCUUCUCCACUUCAGAUGGAUGUGGAUUGGACUUCUUGCUGUGAAUGACGAGAAUGGUGAACAUUUUGUGCAGUCCAUGGAAUCUUUGCUAUCCCAAAAUCAAAUCUGCUUGGCCUUCACAACAAGAGUUGACAAGCAAUUCUUUUGGAAUGAUUUGGGGGAUCUUUAUGGUCUUGCCUACAAUACUUAUCAACCGUUUGCGGAUAACAGAAGCAGCACACUUCUCUUCUAUGGAGAGUCCAUGGCCCUCGUAACGUUCAACACAUAUUUGUUUUGGGGAGAUGCUGGAUAUAUAGAAAAUCCAGCAUUUAGAAGGGUGUGGAUUAUGACAGCCCAGAUUGAUUUUGUACUAUCAGGCCAGCAAAAGGGCUUAGAUUUACAAUUCUUCCAAGGUGCCAUUUCCUUCACAAUUCACACAAAGGAGGUUCGAGGGUUCCAGAAAUUUCUUCAGCUCAUGAAACCUGACUGGUCAAAAAAAGAUUAUUUUCUUCAGUACUUCUGGGAGCAAGCUUUUAACUGUGAAGCAUGUACUGGAGAGGAGAAGCUAGAGAGCCUUCCAGAGCCAUUUUUUGAAAUGCACAUGAGUGGCCACAGCUAUGGCAUUUAUAAUGCUGUCUAUGCCGUAGCACAUGCUUUGCAUGCCCUGCACUUGUCAAGAUUCAGUCACACAGCAAAGGCAGGUGGCAAAAGAUUUGAAAUUCAAGAUGCCCAGCCUUGCCAGCUCCACCCAUUUCUUCAAGGCAUCUCUUUUAACAACUCAGCUGGUGAGACAGUGUUUUUUAAUGACAAGAUGGAAAUGGGAGCAGGAUUUGAUAUAACGAAUCUGGUCACCUUUGCAAACAAGUCCCUCCUCCAUGUGAAAGUUGGACAGGUGAAUCCCAGGGCUGGUAAAGGAAAAGAAUUCACCAUCAAUGAAGAUAUGAUUGUAUGGCAAGCUGGUUUUAACCAGGAGCUGCCCCUAUCUUUGUGCAAUGAUGUCUGCCCUCCUGGUUCUCGGAAGAAGAAAAAGGAAAGGGAGAAAUUUUGCUGCUAUGAUUGCAUUCCAUGCCCAAAAGGGAAGAUUUCAGAUCAGAAAGACAUGAAUGAUUGCAUCAAAUGCCCCGAAGAUCACUAUCCAACCAAGAAUCAAGAUGGAUGUGUCUUCAAAGUUAUAACUUUUCUAUCUUCUGAAGAACCUUUAGGGAUCAGUUUGGCUUCAGUGGCCAUUUCAUUUUCCCUGAUCACAGUUUUGAUGCUAGGAAUUUUCAUUAAACACAGACAUACCCCCUUAGUCAAAGCCAACAACAGGGAUGUCACCUAUGUUCUCCUUCUCUCACUUCUGUUCUGUUUCCUCAGUUCUUUGCUCUUUCUUGGGCUACCUAGAAAGGAGUCCUGCUUCCUCCGUCAAUCUGCUUUUGGAAUCAUCUUUUCAGUGGCUGUUUCUUGUGUCUUGGCCAAAACUGUCACUGUGGUUGUAGCUUUCAUGGCUACCAAACCAGGGUCCAACAUGAGGAAAUGGGUGGGGAAAAGACUGGCCUACUCCAUCAUAAUUUUGUGCUCCUUUCUUCAAGUAACCAUUUGUACAGUUUGGCUAAAAAUCUCUCCCCCCUUCCCAGAUUUUGACAUGCAGUCACUGACUCGAGAAAUUGUAGUUGAAUGUAAUGAAGGGUCUGCCAUUAUGUUUUAUACUGUCUUAGCCUAUAUGGGAUUUCUGUCCCUCAUCAGCCUGAUUGUUGCCUUCCUAGCCAGGAAGCUGCCAGACAGUUUUAAUGAAGCCAAGUUCAUCACCUUCAGCAUGCUGAUCUUUUGCAGUGUUUGGUUGUCUUUUGUUCCAACCUACCUGAGCACCAAAGGAAAAUACAUGGUGGCCGUGGAGAUUUUCUCUAUCUUGGCCUCCGGUGCUGGGCUGUUGCUUUGUAUCUUUUGCCCAAAAUGCUACAUUAUUCUACUGAGGCCUGAUCUGAACAGAAAACAAGAGAUAAUUAGGAAAAAGAACUGUAGGAUUUAA